GAUAAUGCACGGCCCCAUGUCGCAAGCAUCUGCACACAAUUCCUGGAAGCUGAAAAUAUCCCGGUUCUUCAAUGGCCUGCAUACUCACCAGACAUGUCACCCAUUGAGCAUGCUUGGGAUGCUUUGGAUCGACGUGUACGACAGCGUGUUCCAGUUCCCGCCAAUAUCCAGUAACUUCGCACAGCCAUUGAAGAGGACUGGAACAACAUUCCAUAGGCCACAUUCAACCUUAGGCCACAUUCGCCUUAGCAAUCUCACUAGGAUAAAGACCACCUCCAUUCCUGUCAUUACUGAAAGAGAUCAUGAUACCUCACAUCUCAAAAUAGGGCUACUUAAUGUUAGAUCCCUUACUUCAAAGGCAAUUAUAGUCAAUGAACUAAUCACUGAUCAUAAUCUUGAUGUGAUUGGCCUGACUGAAACAUGGCUUAAGCCUGAUGAAUUUACUGUGUUAAAUGAGGCCUCACCUCCUGGCUACACUAGUGACCAUAUCCCCCGUGCAUCCCGCAAAGGCGGAGGUGUUGCUAACAUUUACAAUAGCAAAUUUCAAUUUACAAAAAAAAAAAUGACGUUUUCGUCUUUUGAGCUUCUAGUCAUGAAAUCUAUGCAGCCUACUCAAUCACUUUUUAUAGCUACUGUUUACAGGCCUCCUGGGCCAUAUACAGCGUUUCUCACUGAGUUCCCUGAAUUCCUAUCGGACCUUGUAGUCAUUGCAGAUAAUAUUCUAAUCUUUGGUGACUUUAAUAUUCACAUGGAAAAGUCCACAGACCCACUCCAAAAGGCUUUCGGAGCCAUCAUCGACUCAGUGGGUUUUGUCCAACAUGUCUCUGGACCCACUCACUGUCACAGUCAUACGCUGGACCUAGUUUUGUCCCAUGGAAUAAAUGUUGUGGAUCUUAAUGUUUUUCCUCAUAAUCCUGGACUAUCGGACCACCAUUUUAUUACGUUUGCAAUUGCAACAAAUAAUCUGCUCAGACCCCAACCAAGGAACAUCAAAAGUCGUGCUAUAAAUUCACAGACAACACAAAGAUUCCUUGAUGCCCUUCCAGACUCCCUCUGCCCACCCAAGGACGUCAGAGGACAAAAAUCAGUUAACCACCUAACUGAGGAACUCAAUUUAACCUUGCUCAAUACCCUAGAUGCAGUUGCACCCCUAAAAACUAAAAAAAUGUCUCAUAAGAAACUAGCUCCGUGGUACACAGAAAAUACCCGAGCUCUGAAGCAAGCUUCCAGAAAAUUGGAACGGAAAUGGCGCCACACCAAACUGGAAGUCUUCCGACUAGCUUGGAAGGACGGUACCGUGCAGUACCGAAGAGCCUUUACUGCUGCUCGAUCAUCCUAUUUUUCUAACUUAAUUGAGGAAAAUAAGAACAAUCCGAAAUUCCUUUUUGAUACUGUCGCAAAGCUAACUAAAAAGCAGCAUUCUUUGAGGAAAAGAUUAUGAUUAUUAGAAAGCAAAUUACGGACUCCUCUUUAAACCUGCGUAUUCCUCCAAACCUCAGUUGUCCUGAGUCUGCACAACUCUGCCAGGACCUAGGAUCAAGAGAGACGCUCAAGUCUUUUAGUACUAUAUCUCUUGACACAAUGAUGAAAAUAAUCAUGGCCUCUAAACCUUCAAGCUGCAUACUGGACCCUAUUCCAACUAAACUACUGAAAGAGCUGCUUCCUGUGCUUGGCCCUCCUAUGUUGAACAUAAUAAACG